AUGUCCUCGACAGCACUAUGCCAAUAUUGCGCUCGGAUACCCUUCCAUGAUUUACUUUCCGACCCCUCGAAAGCAAGAUUGUACGAUUUGGGCACCGGCUCCCGGGUCAAGAACAGCUCAUGUCCUCUCUGUCAACUCGUCGUCGAGGCUCACUACCAAAAACAUUUGGGUUUGCACGAUGAAACACUCAUCAGACUGGUAUGGAGGGAAGGAUAUGGAGUUGGCUUCGCCUUUGAAGCCGUAGACUUUGGCCAAGAUGUUUGGAUAAGCUUUGGCCUUCUGGAAUCGACGGAUGAUGCAGCCCGCGAGAUGAGGGCCGCGCAUCCCGGAACAUGCCUUCUUAGGCCGACAACAUCCCUCAUUGAUACCUCGAGGAUCUUGGGCUGGAUACGCUCAUGUGAGCAAGAACACGGAGAUCAUUGCCAGCUUCCAACUCAAGUGCCGUUUGCCGAGGCAUUUCGCGGCCUACCCUUCAUCCGCUUAAUCGACGUCCAAGCCCUAUGUCUAGUUGAGAUACAGCACCUUGUUGAAUACACAGCUUUGAGCUAUGUAUGGGGUUCUGUCCCCAAUUUUAGGCUUACCAAGGCGAAGAGGCCAGUACUGCUCAUGCCAGGGUCUCUACGCCAGGUCGCAGUUGGGCUUCCAAGAACAAUCCGCGAUGCGAUAAUGGUCGUUCAACGUCUCGGAUGUCGAUAUCUCUGGGUCGAUGCCUUGUGUCUAAUGCAGAACGAUGCCGAUGACCUAGAUCAGGGUGUGGGCUCAAUGGAUCUGAUUUACGAGCGAGCCUGGUUGACCAUUGUGGCGGCUUGUGGCCAUGACGCCAACGCUGGUCUUCCCGGUGUCCAGAAUGGCAGCAGGAAGUCAUCGUUAAACACCCAGAAUGUGAUACCUGGACUCACGAUGGGUGUUGUGGUUGGGUUAGAUGAGCGUCUAGGUCGUUCUAUGUACGACACUAGAGGGUGGACAUUCCAAGAGCGACUGUUGUCACGCAAAGCUAUCUACUUUGUCGAUGACAAGCUUUUCUACCGCUGUCGAAGAACCGCUCAGGCCGAACACUUGAUGGACCUUCCUAUCCCAACCGAAAUACCUAUGGCAGCCGUCGAGCAGCUUCUUUCAGAGGCGAUAUUGAUGUGCGAGCCUGUUGUCGACUUUUCUUGGAUGCUCAAAUUCUACACAAAACGAAUCUUGACCAACCAGAGCGAUGCUCCUCGAGCCAUGGCGGGUAUCAUGCAGCGAUUCUCCGUCGCCAUGGGAUGCCGAUUCCUGGAGGGGCUUCCGACCGCCACCUUUGAUUUUUUCAUCCUUCUUCUGCCCAUGAGUGGUAGUUUGCGUCGCCGCCCCGCAUUUCCAAGCUAUUCAUGGACAGGCUGGUCCGGGCCCUUGAGAUCGGCUUUGCAACCGUCCCAGCUUGGCUAUAAUGAUAUGCUCAGAGACAAAACAUGGAUCAUUUGGUACAAGAGAAGUUCCUCUGGGAUUGUCAGUCUGGUCUGGGACCCUUCUUCCGAGCCAUCUUUCCCUCUUGACAAGCUAAGAUUUAAGGGCUAUCGGGAAAGACGACCCUUUAGUUAUGGGCGGUAUACACCGGCAGGCUUGAAUACGAGCCGCACUGCACCCUCAGAGACUAUUUUAUUCUCCCGCGACGUCCCGGCGUAUCAUAUCCUCCAGUUCUGGACCAUAUCGACGUUCUACAGAAUCUCCAACAUAGACGUGUUCCAUGCAACCGGUCAUCUUAUAGACUCUAACGGUGCGUCAUGUGGUUUUGUCUGGCUCGAUGGAUUUGAGGACACGAGGUUUUUUGAAGCACAGAGAGAUUUUGAGGUCAUUCUGUUGUCUGAUACUCUCAAUGGGGUGGAUCAAGAACCAACGAGAUACUCACUGUCUUCUUAUCCCCACAUAAAGGGAGCUUUCAAUGUAUUGGUGUUGGAAUGGCAAGGUGGUCUGGCGGAGCGACGAGGCUUUGGCUGCCUAAUUCAGGAAGCCAUUAACAACAGUCUAGCUCCCGGUCCUGUGUGGAAAGAAAUCUUGUUGGCAUGA